AUGGGUGAAACGGAAACGUCCACCUCCUUCGACUCGCCCUCCCCAACCCAUCCUCCUCCAGCUCCCGCCUCGGUACCUGCCGCGCCUGUCGUCACCGCUUCGGCAUCGCUGCCAGUCUCCGCCUCAGACCCGCCUCCCCUCGCGGAAGCCGAGGUCCAAAGCUUCGCCGCCGCCGUCAGCGCCGCCGCACAGGCCGACUCUCUUCUUGCACUCGACACCAACUACUGGGACGUCGAGAUGAUGGCCCUCCCAACGCCGGCUCUUUGCUUUUCUGGCCACGCUGCCUUCCCCGGCGGCAAGGCCGAUUCUGCAGACGAGUCGCCGUACCAAAUAGCGCGGCGUGAAGCCUUUGAAGAGAUCGGUCUGCCCAUGGACGACUCCAAGCUACCCGCCCCCUUCAAGCUUGAAUUCCUCUGUUACCUACCCCACAGCCUCGCCCGCAACGGCCUCGCUGUCCGACCCUGCGUCGCUCUCCUCCACAACCCUCUCACCCAGUCCCAGCCCUCGUCGUCGAGUACCACCGCCGCAGCAGCCGGCGGUAGCCUCCUCCUCCUCCCCAUCUUCGCCGCCGCUACCGCCGCCGCCACUACUACCACUACCACGACCACCCUGCACUCCUCGCCCCUAGCGACCACCGCGAACCCCAUGGUCCCCCGCCUCGACGCCAAGGAAGUCGCCGCCGUUUUCUCCGCCCCCUUCUCCAGCUUCCUACGCGACACCGACGCUCCCGUUCCCGCGGGCUCCUCCGCACCGGGCCUACCCCCGGGCCACUGGUACGACGGCACGUGGAUCCACUGGAAGGGUGAACCCUGGCGCGUCCACAACUUUUACAGGUACAAGGUCUGGGGUAUGACGGCCAAGAUCCUGGUCGAAGCGGCAUCGUGCGCGUACGGAACCACUCCGACGUUUGAGCACAACCCCGUCUGGGGCGACGAGAAAAUCAUUCUCAUGGCGCAUGACGAGGGCCAGUUCUUCGACCGACCCUCUACAAGGAUUAGGGUCACGGGAGACGGGGCUCCCGCUUCGGGCGGGGAUAUGACGCCCACGGAGGAAGCUGUGGAGGAGGCCAAAAGGGCGGAGCCGGCCAAGAUAUAA